CUGGGUACACCAACUGAGAUACAAACCCUGCAGGGCCUCCAGCACUGUCUAUAUUCUGUUUUCUUCCAGGAGACGCACAGUCGGAAUCUAUUUCUUUGAAGGUGCCAGAAAAUGUUGUGGAAGGCUCUGCCAGGGCGACAUUUUGUGUGCUUGGAGACAUUCUAGGAGGCGCGAUAAAGAACCUCAAUCAGCUUCUCAAGAUGCCCUACGGCUGUGGGGAGCAGAACAUGGCCCUCUUUGCCCCCAAUAUCUACAUCCUGAAAUAUCUCAAUAACACUGGACAACUGACGGAGGAGAUCAAAGCCAAGGCUGUCGGAUACCUAGAGGCUGGUUAUCAAAGGCAACUGAACUACAAGCAUCCUGAUGGUUCUUACAGCACUUUUGGAAAAGGUUCAGAGGAAGGGAACACUUGGUUGACGGCCUUCGUGCUGAAAUCUUUUGCUCAGGCGAGAUCCAUAAUCUUUGUGGAAGACAAGCACAUCAAUGACGCUCAGAACUUCCUGACACAGCAGCAGGAGGAUAAUGGAUGCUUUCGGAGCACUGGGUCUCUUUUUAACAAUGCCCUCAAGGGGGGAGUUGAUGACCUGACUACUCUUUCAACUUACAUCACCAUUGCGUUGCUGGAAGUGCCGCUACCUCCCACU